AUGGCAUCUACUGUGGAAUCUAGACGUGCCUCAAUGGCCGAUAGACGUCCCUCUAUGGCUGAGCGUCAGUCCACAGGUAUAGGUAUAGGUAUAGGCUCUCGUAGGCCUUCGGUUAUUCCUUAUUUGGCGGGUAUCGAGAAACCUGUGUUGCCUUCCAUUCCUUCAAAGUGUGAUGUUCUUAUUUGUGGUACAGGUUUAGUGGAGAGUAUAUUAGCUGCUGCUUUAGCAUGGCAAGGUUCUUGUGUUCUUCAUGUUGAUGCCAAUCCUUAUUAUGGUGAUACUUGUGCCACUCUAACUAUUGAGCAAAUCAAAGCCUGGUGUUCAAGCGUCAACGAUUCACUUUCCGGUUUCCAGGGCUUUUCUAAGGCAAUGUUACAUAUACCUUUCCCUCACAGACUUGUGUCCAGGGACUAUGGUAUUGAUUUGACUCCUCGUGUUCUGUUCACCAAAUCUGAUCUUCUCUCUUUGCUGAUUACUUCCCGUGUAUAUCGUUACUUGGAGUUCCAAUCUUUGAGUAACUUCCAUACUUUCGAGAAGGAUACUUUUGGCAAGAUCAUGUCCACCAAGGAAGAGAUCUUUACCGACCAAUCAAUGACGCUUUCAAACAAGCGUAUGCUAAUGAAAUUCAUGAAGUUCGUUCUUGAGUACGAACAACCUGAAAACAAGCAGGAGUUGGAGCAGCAUAUGCAAGAGCCAUUUACUCAGUUUGUCAGUGACAAGUUUCAUUUGACUCCACAGCAGAUUAACGAACUCUGCUAUACGCUAGGUAUGGUUCCUCAGCCAGAUAUUUCAACGCUUCAAGGUCUUUCACGUAUUAGACGAUACUUAGUAUCUUUCAACAUAUAUGGAAACUUCCCAACGCUUUACUCUAAGUAUGGAGGACCUGGUGAGAUCUCACAAGGUUUCUGCAGAUCUGCUGCGGUUGCCGGUGCUACGUAUAAAUUGGAGUCCACUCUACAAAGUUUCGAUGCUGAUACUAAAACUGCCACCUUCACUGAUGGUAGUAAAGUGAAAGUUACCGAGAAAGUGGUUUUUUCACCUUCUCAGGCUGCUCAAGGCUCUAGAAAUGUACCAGAAAGACGUUACCAGAUCACUAGAUUGAUAACCAUUGUGGAGAAAUCGUGUAAGGAGUGGUUUGCCGAAGGUGAAAGUGCAGCUAUAGUAGUUUUCCCUCCAAAGUCGCUCAGCUCCAACAACGUGUAUCCGGUUCAGUCAAUUAUAAUGGGAUCUGGUACUGGUUCAUGCCCUAAAAAUCAGUGUAUAUGGUAUCUUUCCACCAUCGAGCAAGGUGAGAGAGGACGAAGAGACUUGGAGGCGGCAUCUAAAAAGAUGGAAGAGUCGAUUCUAAGAGAAUCCGAAGCUGGUGGAUUCGAUGUCAAUUUGACCGAUAGCGAUGUGGCCAUUCAUGCAAAUGGUAGCAUAUCUGUUAUUAACUCUGUGAAAUUGGGUAAGUCUUUCAAAGAGUUUGUUCCAAAGGAGAAGCUGACGUAUUUGCUCAAGCUAAUGUUUACUCAGCAUACUUCAGUAGCACCAUUUGGAGUGGUUUCCAACGGUGUAUUUGAAAAAGCAGAGGAGACUGAUCAUCCUGGCAAAGGUCCUGAUGAAAAUGUUCUCUAUUCAAGUAUGCCUUCUACCGAAAUUUCAUAUGAUGGUGUGGUUACGGAAGCCAGAUUAUUAUAUUCUAAGAUAGUCGGUUCUGAUGACGACUUCUUUGAUGUGGACUUCGAAGACGAGGACGAAAACGAUAACGUUCUCGCAAACGAGUCUGCCAUUGCUGAUGACAGUGAUGAGUUCCAGCCUGAGAUGGCCUUUGAACUUUGA